UGCUCUGAAUUGAUGGUUGAUGCUGCUUCCACUGAAACUGCUGAUGGGAUAAAAAAUAAUUCCAAGGACGGAAGGAAAUUUUGACGAAUAAAGUGUGUGCAAGAAUAUAAUAAUAUUUAUUUGUAUUAGUGUGAUAUCUGCGACAAUAUACAUAUGUAACUAGUUUAAAUGUCAUUGGUUAGUACAGUCAGUAAAAUAAUCUCAUGUUUCGCAGAACAAUAGAUAACCACAACAGGUCAUGGCAUAUGUCAAUGUUGCAGAAUGGAAAACUGUACAAGUUUGCGAAUGGUUGAAAGGUCUGGACAAUUCGGUGCUUCCUUAUGUUCACAGUUUUACAAAUAAUAAAGUUAAUGGACAACAAUUGUUAAAUUUGAGGCCGGAAGAUUUAGAACAGUUGGGAGUAAUUAAAUUAGGACAUCAGGAAAUAAUUAUUGAGGCUGUUGAGUACCUGAGAAAUUUUCAUUAUGAAUUGGAUCGGGAAAAUUUACAAUUAUUGGCAUUACGUCUCUCCUGUCAAGCUCACAGUUUACACAAUGAGUUAUUUCGGCAAACGGAUUCAAAACCACUUAAAACACAAACAUUAUCUGAUGUUGUGGGUGUUAUGAAAACAGUUAAACCAUUGGUCAGAUGGUUAGAUCGUUCGCCAUUUAGUGGACAAUUGGAGUAUAAUGAUAAAAAAAGUAAAUUAUUAAAACUGUCAAUUGAAAUAGCAACAUGUGCUCAAAGAGAUAGAUUUGCUGAAAAACCAAUUGAAGAAAUAAAAAAUUCAUGUGGUGAAUUGGCUAAACUUGCUGAUUACAUUAUACAAGAUAUGACUGAUCCGAUGAUUUUACAACCAGCAAGCUUAGAUUUGGCAACAUUAAAAAAAAGACCCGGUGAUGAAUUGGGAUUUUAUAUUUUACCAUCAUUUCAUGGUUCUCAUCAGAUUGCUGAAAUAAAAUUUAGCUCUCCAGCUCAUCAAUGUGGUAAAAUGGAAGACGGAGAUGAAAUUGUUCAAGUUAAUUAUCAAACAGUUGUUGGCUGGGAAAGAAAAAAUGUUGUUGAAUUGUUUAAUGAAAGUCCUGCUGAAGUUUUAUUGACAUUAAAACGCCGUCCAAGACACACUAAAGUUUAUGGCCAAAUUUAUAUAAAACCUUAUCGAUUACCAAGUAAUAAAAAAACAUGUUAUACUACAAGAUGGCAACAUAAUCUUCCAUCACCACGGCCAGAAUUACUCACUAUACCAGAUUUUUCAAUGCCAUUACCAAGAAAUGAUGCUGCACCAAAAGAUCCAAGUCCAGAGCCCAAAAAUAUAAUUAAUACAGCCAGUAUGUUAGAUACUAUGGCAACAGACAGCAGUGAAUCGGACAGUGAGGUCGAGCCAGCGUUAUCAACUCGUCUGUACGCGUCUAAACCACGAAGUUUAGUACAGCGUCGGGCAACAAUAACAGGAGCAAGUCCAACAACAAAGCAUGCUGUUGAUAUUGAAUUAUUCUGGAGAGAAUUAAAACAAGAACACAAUACGACAUUUCAACUCCGUGAUAAAGCUGCAUCCUGCGCCCACGGACUUGAUAGUGUACCAACUUCGAACUUGCGACCACAAACAUGCUUAGGCAUUGAACCUACUAAACGCAAAAAAAAAUAUGAUGAAACAAAUGAUGAUAAUAAAAAAAUACAAUUGCCCAAAAAAUUAUGCUCAAAUGAAAGUGAUCCAUUAACUACAACAGCAAAUAAUUUUAAUAAUAAUAGUGAUAUUAAUGUGCCUUGGAAACCAUCCAAAGAGAUUAGUACUAGUAAUACUAGUAGUACUAGUAGCAGUAGUAGUAAUAGUAAUAACUAUAAUAAUAUUAUUAAAGAUUUAAAAAUAUUAACAAUCAAUAAUAAUGACUCGGAUAGCCAUAAUAAUAAAAAUUACAGUAAUCUGGUUGACACGACGACAAAUGCAACAAUUACAACAAUAACAACCACUACUACAACAACUUCCUGUAGUGAUAUUUCUGUUGAUGAUUCAACUACUUUUAGUUGUUCUACUUUAAAUAAGACUGAUCCGAUAAAUUUGUCUGAACAACUUUUAUCGGAUACCGAUUGGGAAAAGGAAAAUUUACAAAAUAUUACAAAUAAUAAAAUGGAUAGUAUUGAUAAUGAUAAUGAAACAAUAAAUGAUGAAAAUUUAAAUAAUGAAUCACGGGCAAAAAUAACUACUCCAACUUCUAGCUUAAAUGACAAUACAAUUGAUUGUGAAAAUAAUAAUAAUAAUAAUAAUAAUAAUAAUAAUAAUAAAUUUGUGCCUAUAGAAAAUAAUAAUAAUAAUAAUAAUGAUAGUGAUUAUGAAUUAUCAGCUAAUAAUAAUUCAAAUGGUAAAGUGAUGGAAUCAAUUAUUAAAUUAUCAGAUAAUUGUAAUAUAAGCCGUGAAAGUAGUCAAGAUAAAUCAGAAUCAGCCAGUAGUUAUUUGGAAGAAGGUAUUUACAGUAGCAAUAGCAGUCACAGCAGUAAUAACGAUAGCAAAACUUUAAAAUCAAAUUUUGAAGAUGAGUCUAUUUGUUUUAUUAAAUCUGACAAAGUUAUUGCUGAAGCUGAAACUGAAUCAUUAAAAAAUAAUGAUACGGACCAAUUAGCAAGUAUACAAGUGCCUUUGAAAUCUUCGUCAUCUAAUACUACAUUAAAUUAUAAAGUAACAGAAGAUUUGGAAAGUAAUAUUAUUAACAAAGUACGACAAACUCCACCUGAACCACCGCCCAGAAAAUAUUUCAAUAAAAUUUCACCAUCAAAUUCAAAUUUUAUUUCUUAUAAUACAUCUCAAGUAAAUAUAAUAAAACCUAAAGUUCCUGACAGACCAGAUAUUAAACGUGAUUGUUUUAAUUCUGAAACAAAUUUUUUACCUCAUACUUAUAAUAAGCAGCGAAGAGACUGCGCUACCUAUGAAGGCUACCGUAAUUUUGCUGAGAAAUCAACUGACUUUAUUGAUACUGAAUUAAGUACAGCAUCUGAAUCUAGUACUAAUAAUUCACAAGUUUAUGAUAAAAGUUAUAAACAAGAUAAAUUUAAUUAUGAAAAAUAUCAAUUAUUUUCGGAUAAAUUUUCAAAUUCAAGUUUAUCAGAUAUAAAUAAUAUACAUAGAGUUGAAUCAGUUGCAACAGCAACUGUUGAUUUACCAGAUGGUGCAACAUGUUCACAUCAUGGUCAAUUUUUUGAUAAUUCUAAAACUCGUACUCUCGAGAAAGAUAAAAAUAAUGAAAAAGGUGUCGUUAAUAGAGCUAUGAUGGUAGCAAGAAGUAUUGGCUUACACAGUGGGUCUAAAAUUUGUUCUUCAAGUCCAAAAAGUAGCCGAAAACGUAAUAUACUACUUGCUAAAAGAAGAAAUGUAUCAGUAAAAGAUAUUGGCAUUGGAGAUUUAGAAGGAUGGCUUACUUAUAGAAGUAGAGGUGCUGGUGGUGCUUGGGCAAGAUCUUGGUUCAUUCUUAAAGGAUCAUCACUUUAUAGAUUCAAAAAUCAAGAUAGUCUUAAAUCUGAUUGUCUUAUAGUAUUAAAUGGUUUUACAGCAUCACAAGCAUCUGAAGUUAAAUCAAGAAAAUAUUCAUUUAAAGUUUAUCACACUGGAACAGUUUUUUAUUUUGCCGCUGAUACUGAUGAUUAUUUAUCAUUGUGGCUUGACUCAAUAAAUAGAGCAACUCUAGGUGCUGAUACACACAAUCGUACCAGUGGAUUGUUCAGUGAAACAGAUGAAAGUGAUACUGAAAGUAAAAUUAAAACAAAGGAUACAUCAUUACCUCUAGACCAUAGCAAAAUACAUUUUGGGUCAUUGAAAAAAAUUGGACGAAAAGAUUCAAAUAGUAGCAAUAAAAAUAACAAUAAUAAUCAGGAAGCAAGUGGUGCAAGUUUAGAUAGAAAAUACUUAAGAUUUUUAGGUGCAAGAACUCAAAAUUUACCAGUACCGACAGCUCAAUUUAGAAGUUAUAGAAGAGUAUUGCCGUCAUCAACACCGAAUAAAAAGCAACAACAACCUGCACAGAGUUGCUUAGACUCUCGAGUUACUGUCGCUGGUAGUAGUACAUUUUAUGGUUUAUCUUGUUCACAGAGUCCUGUUAAUGUACCAAAUACUCCCAGCAGUAGUAAUAACAGCAGUUACUGUCAAGAUAUGGGUGAUUAUCGUCAAACAUCUGAAAGAUCAUAUUUAACUUCAACUCGAAGUAGACCAGAUGAUCUUAGAGGUUUUGUCACUCUCGAAGAAUUUAUGCUCUCACAUCAAAAUGAAAAUAAUCAUCAUUUAUCCAAUAACAAUAAUAAUAAUAGAUCAACAUCUCCAAGAUCUAUUUCUUCUACUCAUGAUUAUCUUAAUCAUCAUAGUAAUGGACAAAGUUAUGGUUUCAGUAGUAAUGGAUUUGCUACCAACGGAAUGAUUUACGGACAUCCAAGAAAUGGACACGAGUCCCCAGUUAAUGCCAGUAGACAUUGUCAAAAUUAUACAACACAUACCUCUGAUGAAAAAUCAAUACCUGAGCAUCAAGUAGACAUUAAUAACGGAGCACGAUUUUCACAUGAUGUAAAUAAUUUAACUUCAAGUGAUGAAUAUUCUUUACGACCCUCACCAUUACCACGAAAAUUAAAUGAAUUUAUGUCAAAUUCUAGUACCAAUGCCAGCUGUAAAAUUGACAAAAAAAUACAACAAGAAAAUGUUGUUUACUAUCCAAAUAAAUCAAAUGAUUCUCCUUCAUUUUAUGGUCGUAAAAAUAAUAAUAAUAAUAAAUCAUCUGAAUCGGGUUAUUCACGAGAUUUAAACACUACUGCAAUGUCAAAAACAGCUCGUUCUCAUAAUGACAAUAGUUCAAGUACACCAGAAAAUUUAAUUAAAAAAAAAUUUAGUUCACUAAAUAGAAACAAUGAUUCGUCAUCAAAUACUUCUCAGCCAGUAUCAAGAGUAUUUUUAAGAGAUAAUAAUAAUAGUUGUUAUUCAGGAUCAAGUGGAGAUUUAAGUUACUGUACUCCGUCAUCAGAAACAUUUGAACGAGUUAGAAAAGAAACAUCAGUCAGUAGAAAAGCAAGUUUUAAUUUAAAUGAUAAACGGCAUGAUAAUUAUUCUCCUUCUUCUUUUUGUUCUGAUAAAUAUUGGUUGGUAGAUUCAUUAAAACGUUCCGAUAGUAACAAAAAAACAACAACAAGCGCUAGUGAAAUAUCUCGUUUGAAAAAUGUUGCACAAUAUCAACCACCGCCUAUUCCUACAUCUCCGUUUGAACAGGAUGGUAUGAAAGCUGCAUUUGAAAUGCAUCUUGAUAAAGAGCAUGUACAAAAAGCAACCAGUACCAGCAGACUAAAAAGUUUUUUUGGCAGUAAAAAUUUACAAAAACCUACAACACUUGACGUAUCUAAAGAGCCACAAAAAACUCUAUUGGGAUCACCAAGACUUCACAGGGCAUUAUUUCGUGACAAAAAUACAAAUCAUCGACAAAUGAUUAGUAAAUUACACGGUUCUAAUUCUGGUCACGGUGAUUGCGCUCAAGGAUUCAGUUACAAUGGACAAUCUUACAAUCAUCAAAGUAUUAAUUCAGCUAGCUCAAUUAAUGAUUGGAGACCUGAUACACCAACAAGUUGCUAUAAUACAGAAGAGUGUUCUUCAAAUCAUCUAUUGUGUCAAAAACUUUCGUCAAACACCAGCAGUAGUGAUGUUAAUUCAACAGUAAUUUUACCACCAGUAUUGCCUUACAUCCCACCGCCAACUUCACCGCCUCCACCUGAUGAUUAUCCUGGACUUGAAUAUCCGCCAGUAUUUGAACCCGGCACUUAUACUUUAUCAGAUGCAUCUUUGCUCCGAACUCGAAGUAAUAAAAGUCGUCGGGGUAGUAAUCAACAUCCAAAAGAGUCAUUUUAAUUAUAUAAUAGCAAUAAUAAUGCUAAAAGUUAUUCACUGAAAGUAUUAUUUAAGCAAUAAUAUUAAUUCUAUUAAAAUAACUGUUAAAUAACAUAAUCGAUUUAAUUUUUUUUUAAUUGUAAUUUAUAUUCAUGUGUGUUAUCAUCGCAUGAACUAUUUAUAAGCGUUUAAGGUAAUUAAUGUUAUUAAUUCGAUUUUUAUUUUUUUUUCAAAAUUGAUCAAGUUAUAAUUGUUCAAAUUUAAUGAUAAUGUUUAUAUAUAGAAGUAAUGUUAUCAUUUUAAUUUGUUUUAUAGUAUAAUAAGUACAAUACAAUUUAAAAUACGACAAUUAUUUUUAAAAAAAGUGCCUAUAUACACUAAUAAAUAAA